UCACUUUUGCUGUGGGCGUAAAUCGGGGGAAAUAAACAUUGCCGACAAGGAAAAACCAGCAGAAUGGCCCAGGGAAUGCCCAACCAGCCCAAGUUCCUGCCCCGCGUCGAGCGGGGUGCCCCGGGCAACUCCUACGUGGCCACAGCCUCCGGCAAUCCCUUUGAGGAGGAGGAGGAGGAAGAGAUCUUCAGCAGGCACAAGAUGGUGCUCCGGGUGCCUAGCAACUGCACCGGCGACCUGAUGCACCUGAACGUCUCCCGGAACUGGCUCGUCUGCAUCCUGGGCACCGCGGAGCGCACCACUCUGUUGCGCUUCUUCCUGCCGCGCGCUAUUCCGCCGGGAGAGGUGGCCCUGGAGAAAUACCUCUCGGGCUCGGGGUACAAGAUAACGCGACUAUUCCUGGACCCCACCGGCCACCAUGUCAUCAUCGCGCUGGUCCCCAAAUCCGCCUCAGCCGGCGUCUCGCCAGACUUCCUGUACAUCCACUGCCUGGAAUCGCCUCAAGCGCAGCAGCUGAAGGUGCGGCGCAUCGAGAAGUUCAAGGACCACGAGAUCACCGCCGUCGCCUUCAAUCCGUACCACGGUAACGAGUCGACCACCGGCUCCAUUUUGCUCGGCACAAGUCGUGGGCUUAUAUUCGAGACGGAGCUGAACCCCGCCGCUGAUGGCCACGUUCAGCGCAAACAGCUCUAUGACUUGGGCCUGGGUCGCCCCAAGUACCCGAUCACGGGUCUCAAGUUGCUCCGAGUGCCCAACAGCAGCCGGUACAUCGUCGUGGUCACCAGUCCCGAGUGCAUCUACACAUUCCAAGAAACGCUGAAGGCCGAGGAGCGUUCCCUGCAGCCCAUAUUCGCUGGCUAUGUGAGCGGGGUGCAGGAGCCGCACUGCGAGGAGCGCAAGACAGACCUGACCUACUCGCAGCUUCGCCUCUUCGCACCGCCCAACAGCAAGUAUCCGAAGCAGUGGGCGUGGCUGUGCGGCGAGGGCAUUCGUGUGGGCGAGCUUUCCAUCGAAGGAAACAGCGCCACUACCCUGAUUGGGAGCACGUUGAUCAACCUGGACUUCGAGAAGGCCAUGCAUCUGUCGUACGAGGAGCGGCGUCUGAACAUUCCCAGGGCAUUCGUACUGACGGAGUACCACGCCGUGCUGCUGUACGCAGACCACAUAAGGGCCAUCUGCCUGCUGAACCAGGAGCAGGUCUACCAGGAAGCCUUCGACGAGGCCCGCGUUGGCAGGCCAAUAAAUAUCGAACGUGACGAGUUCACUGGCUCCAUAUAUGUCUACACCGCCAAGACCGUGUUCAACCUGCGCGUGACUCGCGAGGAGCGCAACGUGUGGCGCAUCUACCUCGACAAGGGGCAGUAUGAGCUGGCCACGGCGCACGCAGCCGAGGAUCCAGAGCACCUGCAGCUGGUGCUCGGCCAGCGGGCGGACGCCGCCUUUGCGGACGGGUCCUAUCAAGUGGCCGCCGACUAUUACGCGGAGACGGACAAGUCCUUUGAGGAGGUGUGCCUUAAGUUCAUGGUGCUGCCGGACAAGCGGCCCAUCAUCAACUAUGUGAAGAAGCGCCUCAGCAGACUGACCACCAAGCCGGUGGAUGUGGAGCCAGUGGACGAGGAGGAAGCGGAAGCCAUUAAGACUCUGGUCAUCUGGCUCAUCGAUCUCUACCUCAUCCAGAUCAACACGCCCGACCAGAACGAGGAGUGGCGCCGGGCGUGGCAGACGGAGUACGAUGAGUUCAUGACGCAGCCACCUGUCCUCCUCUGCACGCGACAAAACCGCGAGGCAGUGCAGCAGUUGAUCGCCGAGCACGCGGAUCCCCACAACAUGGCCCAGUUCGCCAUCGCCAUCGGUGACUACGAUGAAGUAGUGGGGCAGCAACUGAAGGCCGAGUGCUACGCGGAGGCACUGCAGACGCUAAGCAACCAGCGGAACCCGGAACUCUUUUACAAGUAUGCGCCCGAACUGAUAUCGAAACUGCCGAAGCCCACAGUGGACGCCCUGAUGGCCCAGGGCUCCCGGCUGGAGGUGGAGAAGCUGGUGCCCACGCUCAUCGUUAUGGAGACGCGCGAGCCGGAGCAGACACAGCGCUACCUCGAGUUUGCCAUUUACAAGCUGAACACGACCAACGAUGCCAUUCACAACUUCCUGCUGCACCUGUACGCGGAGCACGAUCACAAGCUGCUGAUGAAGUACCUCGAGAUUCAGGGCCGCGACGAGAGCCUCGUGCACUACGACAUCCACUACGCCCUCAAGGUCUGCACCGAUCUGAAGGUGAAGGAGGCCUGCGUCUUUCUGGAGUGCAUGCUGCGCAAGUGGAUCUCCGCCGUGGAUCUGGCCCUCACGUUCGACAUGAAGCUGGCCAAGGAGACCGCCUCGCGGCCGACGGACAGGAAGAUGCGCCGCAAGCUCUGGCUUCGCAUAGCGAAACAUGAUAUCGAGGGAACCGACGACGUCAAGAAGGCGUUGAAUCUGCUGAAGGAGUGCGACCUUCUGCGCAUCGAGGAUCUGCUGCCCUUCUUUGCCGAUUUUGAGAAAAUCGACAACUUCAAGGAGCCAAUCUGCGAUGCUCUGAGGGACUACAACCAGCGCAUUCAGGAGCUGCAGCGCGAAAUGGCCGAGACCAAGGAGCAAUCCGAUCGCGUGGCCGAGGAGCUGGAGCAGCUGCGCGAGCACAGCAUCACGAUGAGUGCGCAGGACACCUGUGACAUCUGCGAGAUGAUGCUGCUGGUCAAGCCGUUCUUCGCUUUCAUGUGCGGCCACAAGUUCCACAGCGAUUGCCUCGAGAAACAGGUUGUGCCCAUGCUCACCAAGGAGCAGGCGCGACAGCUCAGCAUCCUGAAGCAGCAGCUGGAGGCGGAGGUGCAGCCACAAGCGCAGUCGAGCGCCUCCUCCAAACAACAGGCGAUGGAGCUGCAGCGAAAGCGGGCACUGCUGAAGACCGAGGUCGAGGACAUCCUGGCGGCGGAUUGCCUCUUCUGCGGCCUGCUGAUCGAUACCAUCGACCAGCCGUUCGUCGACGACUGGGAGCAGGUGAACGUCGAGUGGGAAUAGUCCAAAUAUUUAUGUACAUAUAGAGUAUUUAUUAUUAAUAAACCUACACAGAUCACAA